AUGACCGCAGAUGCCUGCUCCGCCCUCUGCUCCGAGUCGGGCUUCUACGGGACCCAGUACUCGCAAGAGGUCUGCGACGAUCUCUGCGCAGCUUAUCCGUUGUACGGGACGCAGUAUGGAACCGAGAUUUGCCGGGAUCUCUGCGCCGAGUACGAGUUCUAUGGAACGCAAUACUCAGAGCAGCACUGCGGACUGCUUUGCAGCAUCGAAGGCUUCUCUUUCUACGGCCUGCAGUAUUCGAUUCAGUACUCUCAAGAGCUUAGGGGACACGCUUGCUUGGCGGGUGCCAUCCCGAGGGUGACCUUGAUGAGGUGCUUCACGUCCAGCAUGGCAUCCUAA